CCGCUCCCGGGCCGCCCGCGCCGCACUCGCCGCCCGUCCCCGCCGCUCCGCGCACCAUGGCGCGCCGGGCCGUCCAGGCGCUGCUGCUGCUGGGGCUGCUGGGGCUGCUGGGGCUGCUGCAGGCGCAGGAUCAGGGGUUCGACCUGGCCGAUGCCCUCGGGGACGAUGAGAAGAAACCAACUCUCCCUCCAAAAAAGCCCAGUGAUGGGGACGACUUUAGUUUGGAGGACGCGCUGGGUGGCGGAGGACAUGAUGAACCUGCGUCGCCGAACCAGCCCAGGCCCCAGCCCAGGCCGCAGCCCAACCCGCCGGGCACCUCGGGUGGAUUCUCAGACACUGACCUCUUAGACGGGACUUCUGGAAACGAUGGACACGGCGGUCCGGACGGUGGCAGCCACAGGAACGAGGGGCAGGAGACCAAUUCCCAGGGCGUGGUGCCCGGCAUCGUGGGGGCCGUGGUGGUGGCGGUGGCCGGAGCCAUCUCCAGCUUCAUCGCCUACCAGAAGAAGAAGCUGUGCUUCAAAGAAAACGAUGCCUCCAAGACCUAGGGAGGAGCAGAGCCCCCUGUCCAGUGGAGAGCGUCCUGAGGACCCUCGUGCGGCUCCCAAGACGCAGCCUAGCCUAGCCAGCCCGCCUCUGUGUGCGCGUCCCGCCCCGCUAGCCACUUUCCUCACCGCGGGAUCCCCACGCCGAUUUCAGGCUUAAGAUUCUGUGCGUCUUUGCGCCUCCCGGGUGCACGGGGCUCAGGCCGCGCGGCGCGAUGCCCCUGCCCGCGGAGGGAGCCAAGUGAACAGAGUUUCUCUGAAACUCAAAUGAGUCAGGCGGCCGGCUCACACCCGCUCUUGAGAUGCCUCCGCAGCAGGUCAGGAGGGGAGGCCCGGCCUCCCUUUCCACUGCAGGGAGAGGUCCCCGGGCGGAGUACCCUGCCUCACCGGGACUUUGCCAUUCAUUCAUGAGGAUGUGACCCCUCAUCGCACGAUACUCGUUCACCCAAGAGCCCCUCCUCCCUCUGUUUCCGCGCCCCAGUCUCGAAAGUUCUCUCCUGGGUUUUCUCAAGUAGCUUAACCUCUCAGUUAUCAGAAAACCAAAUGCUCCGCCCAAACAUGGCACAAUCAGAGCCAUUGAAGGUCACCGGUGAGGGGCGGUCCACCAGAUCUUAUUGUCGCCUGAGCACGGGGCUUCUCUCUGUCCUUCAAAGCCAAGUCCUAUCUUCCCAGAGACCCUCUGUCCCUUUUCAUCUUGUCCUGGGGCGCACAAAGCGCCCCUCUUUCCACCGCUUGCUCAGAGGCUGCCCUAACUCCCCGGCGGGCGCUUGAGUGGCAGGCUCUGGGUAGGAUGGGCGGUGGCGUCGCAGCGAGGUCGUGCGCUUUAGGUAGUGGGCGUCCGUGUGCAUCCGGGCAGCCGGUGGUGGUCGCCUUGAGAGCCCGCGGCUCUUGGUCCAACGCCUUCUGGGUUCUGAUCCGAUGAGGCCGGUCCGUGCCUGAGCACCGGGUGGAGACUCAGUGAGCUCCAGACAGUGUGGCCGAGUGAUCAGCCACUGCUAGUCCGCGGUGCCCGGGCGCCAUCUAAAGAUGCUCCCAACCCCUGUCCCAAACGCCCCCCCCCCGCACGCGUGUGUGUAACGCGUACACCCGAACCCUGCAGCGCGCACGGCCACAGAGCGCAUGACUUCGCUUUUCCACCCUGCUAGCUAACCCUAAAAGCAAGCACCGAACAUUUUUUUUAAAGCUGCUUUUCAAAAUACCCUGCACCUGGUCUCUGACGGACGUCAGGACGCCCAAGCCGACUCCAGCUGGAGCGGAGGGCGCAUCCCAGGGGUCUCUGCAAAUUCCGCCUCCAGGUUCACUUCAUGGACCUUGAGCUGCCUUUGGCUCCUGGCAGACUUAGUUUGCAGUGAACUGCGGGUUGAUUUUUGUUUUUUGUUUUUUUAAUUUUUAACCUUAAGCGCCGCCUGACUUCACGCGGUGUUUCCUGUUACAUUUCCCAUUUUCCUAUUUUUCUUCGGCGUUUUGAAGGCGCUUGCUGGUCCUCCGUAGUGCAUGCGGACGUGUGGGCGCUGCGCUUUUACAGUCUGCUCUGCAGCGUCCGCCGGUAGGUCAGGGGCCCACCGUCUCUGGUCACCCCCUGGGCGCCUCUCUGAACCUUCCUUCCUGGGAUAGCGCCAAGUCUCGUCUCAAGCGCUUUGGCCUCUUCACGCGGGUGCGGUUUAGGGGUUGGGGGUGCCGGUGGCAGAUCGUAGGGUUCCUUUACGGGGCGCCCCUUUCUGUGGCUGCUGCGCUCUUGCGCCGGGCGCCUUGUAACCCGAAGGUCUUCUAACCUCGGAGGGCGCGUGCGCUGAAGUUCUGGGAGCCAAGGACACAGAUGGCUCGCGAGGCGGGGAGCUGGGUGGCUUCCUUCUGGGUUCAAAGCGUGCUGCGUGUAAACCUGCCCAUUAGCGACGAUGCAGAGAAGAAAUAAACACAUGCUACCUGCGAUCCUCGUGUGCG